AUGGAAAUAACGGAAUCAGCCACCGACGAGGUCCGAGACUCCGCCGCGGCGGAGACGACGACGCGCGCCGGUCUAGGGAUCGAUUUGAAUGAGAGGAUAAUCGAUUUGAACGAGAGGAUCCCUUCGCCGGAAGCACUACCGGAUUCGGUGGACGUGGUGAGGUAUUAUCAUGAUAACCCCUCCCCGCCGGCGGGAGGCCCGGCCGGUGUUCCCGGCGGCGGUCGCGGCUCGGCGUGCGCGUCGUGCGGGAAGCCCGAGGUCCGCGGACACGUGGUGGUCUGCGACGGCUGCGAGCGGGGGUUCCACCUCACCUGCGCCGGAAUGCGCGGCCGCCAGGCUGUCAGUUUGGACGAGUGGGUCUGCGGCGAGUGUAUGUGCGGCGGCGUCAAGAGCAAGCGCUGGCCGCUCGGCGUUAAGUCCAAGCAUAUUCUCGACAUCAACGCUUCGCCGCCCAGCGACGGUGACGGCGACGGUGACGUGGCGGAGGAGGAUGUGACGGAGUUGAGAAAGCACACUCCGGGUGGUAAUUCUUUUGGUGGAAAUCCAUUUGGUGCUCCAGUGACUUAUUCAAACUUCUUGUACCCCGGAAAUGGAUAUGGCUUGCACAAAGGUUCUGCGAUUUUGACACAAGCGGUUAAAUUUGAAGAUAUAUUGCCUCAUACAGAGACUGCUAGUGGAGGGUUUGAUGAAGUAGGUUUGGGUUUUCCAGUUGGAAGACAUAGGAGUAGUAAUAAUACAGCUGUUAGAGUAUCAUCCCUGAAUUCAAAUGAAAUAGUUCUGCAGGCUCUUAGAGAUUUUGUUUCUGAGAGGCACGGAGUGCUUGAUGACGGCUGGCGUGUAGAAUUCAAGCAGUCCAUAGACAAUAAUGAACCAUAUGUAGUUUACUGUGCUCCAAAUGGAAAGACAUUUGAUUCAUUAUCAGAAGUUGCACACUAUCUUGGGUUGUCCGGCAAUUCUACAGGGUCUGAAGUAAGAAGAGAGGGGUCUUUGUCUAUGACAGAGAAGACUUAUCAACCCAGGAAAAGAAAGUCAAGAGCUUCAUAUGCCAAUGGAGUGACUGAAAGUAAGGAAAGCUCGAUCAGUGGUUAUUGCAAAAAGCUCUCUUCCCAUGGUCCAGGUCCGGAUGUUUCAGCCCGUGGUUUGGUAAAUAAUGGAGAAGUUACAGAAGCUGGAUCAAAUGGAAUUGGAUGCAUCGGGUCGCAGCACAAUAGUGAGGGAUUUCCAGUGCAAUUUGAAGAUUUCUUUGUUCUUUCAUUAGGAGAAGUUGAUACAAGGCCCUCGUAUCACGAUUCUAAUUUAAUCUGGCCUAUAGGAUACAGAUCGUGCUGGCAUGAUAGGAUUACUGGUUCCUUAUUUAUAUGUGAAGUUUUAGACGGUGGUGAUUCUGGACCAGUUUUUAAGAUCAGAAGAUGUUCAUGCUCUGCCUUGCCGAUUCCCAGUGGUUCAACUAUUCUGUCUAGGCCAGAACUAGGUGAUUUAUGCACUCAAAGUGAUCGAGACAGUCAUGACACUUACGGAAAUGAUGGAAGUAUACAUAUGAUUCUGUCGGAACCUGUCCCCCCUAUGGAAAAUGAUGUUUUUUCUUGCUUGAUGGGUGGUUCAGAUGAAGCCAAUGAUGUUCAGACAACACCAUGUCUCGAGAGAUCCCAAUUGAACCAUACUUCAUUGGACAAGUUUUGUAGUUUACCCGGUUCUAUCAGUAUACCUUCCAUCAGUCAGGCAGAUGCUGAGUCAGGUGCUUGUGAUGACAUAUCAAAAUGGCUUGACCAUGAUAGAUUUGGAUUGGAUGUUGAAUUUGUUCAAGAACUUUUGGAGCAGCUUCCUGGUGCCGAGUCCUGUUCUAAGUAUCAAUUUCUUAGAGAUAGAAGUAACAGUUCUACAGUGCUAACUGUUGGAAAUGGGCUUCUAGUGGUUAAAAUGGGGGCUGGGUUGCAUGGAAAGGAAGAGCAAGUUUUAGAUGGUUUAUUUAGAAGGUCCAAAAAAGCAAGGUUGGCUGGGGUUCAUGUGAAUUUUCAGCCACCUCCUCUUGGGAAGCCAUUGUGCUCAAUGAUCCCUCCUGCACUUGUUGGUGACUUAUAUCAGGUUUGGGAAAUGCUAUGGCGCUUCCAUGCUAUUUUGGGUCUAAAAGAGGCUUUUUCAUUGAGAGAACUUGAGGAGGAACUCUUAAACCCUUGGUUUGCCAGCUCAGAUAUACUAGAGAGGUAUGGGAGUGAACUUCAGGGCUCCGAAGCUUUGAACGCACGUAAAGUUGAUUUUAAAAGUGACCUAGUUCUAUCAUCUUGCUCCAAGUUCAGUUCGGCAGUUUCUGGGAAUAACCCCAAUGCGUUCAUCCAUAUUGAAACUGGAGCAAUGAAGGAGGCAGUUCAGGCUAAACUCGCAUCUGUUACCUACAAUAGAUGUUCCGGCAUAGCUCUGACAAAGGCUCAUGCCUCACUGCUAAGAGUGCUCAUAGGCGAGUUGCAAUCUAAGGUUGCUGCACUGGUUGAUCCAAAUUUUGAUUCGGGAGAGUUCAAGUCUAAGCGAGGAAGGAAAAAAGAUAUCGACUGUUCUAUUCCUCUGAAAAGAUUGAAGCUACUCCCGAUUAAUGAACUGACUUGGCCAGAGUUGGCACGGAGAUACAUCUUGGCUGUAUUAGCCAUGGAUGGUAACCUGGACUCUGCUGAGGUUACUGGUCGUGAAAGCAGUAAAGUGUUCCGCUGCUUACAAGGUGAUGGUGGCGUACUCUGUGGCUCUUUAACUGGAGUAGCGGGGAUGGAAGCAGAUGCGCUUUUGCUUGCUGAGGCCACAAAGAAAAUCUUUGCUUCGCUUAAUAGGGAAAGUCGUGUAUUCACCAUAGAAGAAGAAGAGUCUGAUGGAAUGGUGUCUGUUGAAACAAAUUUGGGAGGUGAUGGUAAUAUACCAGCAUGGGCGCAGAUGCUGGAACCUGUUAGAAAGCUGCCAACAAAUGUGGGAACAAGAAUCCGAAAAUGUGUAUAUGAGGCCCUGGAUAAGGAUCCACCAGAAUGGGCAAAAAAAAUACUGGAACAUUCUAUCAGUAAGGAAGUCUACAAGGGCAAUGCAUCAGGACCUACAAAGAAAGCGGUUAUUUCAGUCCUAGCAGAUGUAUCGGCUGAAGCCUUUAAAAAGAAGUCUGAGAAGGGAAGAAAACGGAAGAUUAAUGUCUCCAUUUCUGAUGUAAUUAUGAAACAAUGUCGCAUUGUGUUCCGUCGCGCGGCUGCGGCAGAUGACACAAAGGUCUUCUGCAAUUUGCUGGGGAGAAAGCUGAUGAAUCCAAGUGAUAAUGAUGAUGAGGGACUCCUUGGGUCCCCAGCCAUGGUAUCUCGGCCUUUGGACUUCAGGACUAUUGACUUGAGAUUGGCAGCUGGAUCCUACGGCGGAUCACAUGAAGCUUUCCGUGAGGAUGUUAGACAGUUAUGGAGUAAUCUACGUAUUGCUUAUGGUGAUCAGCCUGACUUGGUCGAGUUGGUUGAGACGUUAUCACACAAUUUUGAAACACUAUAUGAGGAGGUUGUUUCUCUUGACCAUAAAUUUGCGGAGUAUUCAAAGUCAGAGUCAAUAACUGCCGAGAGGAAAAAGGAGAUUGAUGAUUUAGUUGCUUCCACGAGUGUUCUCCCGAAAGCCCCUUGGGAUGAGGGAGUCUGCAAAGUAUGUGGCAUUGAUAAAGAUGACGACAGCGUACUGUUGUGUGAUACUUGUGAUGCUGAGUAUCAUACUUACUGUUUGAUUCCUCCUCUUGCAAGGAUCCCAAAGGGAAAUUGGUAUUGUCCAUCUUGUGUUGUUGGGAAAAACAUGGUUCAAGAUGCGACAGGACAUGCUCAGGUCAUUAGCCGACGCCGUGGUAAAAAUUGUCAGGGAGAAGUUACACGCAUUUACUUGGAGUCACUCACGCAUUUAGCUUCUAAAAUGGAAGAGAGCGAGUACUGGGAAUUCCAUGUGGAUGAGAGAACCUUCCUGCUGAAAUUCUUAUGUGACGAGUUGCUUAAUUUAUCCGUUACUCAUCAACACAUUGAUAAUUGUUCUGAGACAUCGAUCGAGUUGCAGCAGAAACUGCGUUCCUUAUCUGUAGAGUGGAAGAAUCUCAAGUCUAGAGAAGAGUUCUUGGUUGCAAGAGCUGCAAAGGUUGAUGUCAGCCUUAGGGAGGAUUGCAUAAAGGAAGGGAUUUCUGCUUCAGUUGAAAAUCAAGAAAAAUGUCUUGGUCAAGCACAUGCUUUGAGUGGCAGGUCCAACUACGUCAAUGUAGUCUCUGAUGAUAUGCCAGGAUCAGAGUGUUCCCGAGGGUUUGAUCAACUCGAGUCUGUCAGUAAUGCAGACAAUAGUCAACAUUCUGCACGUGCUGAAGUGAAGGACAAAGAUGCCUAUCCUGCUGUUGACAAGACUAAAGCAGAAGGAGAUUUCAUUCUGAAUAUGCAUUCUGAGAAAAUUGAUAGCUCCUUCGGACAUACUGAGUUGACUUCAUCAAAUUCUUUACCCCAUGAAGCCAAUGGCUCUACUAGAGAAAUCGGUGGCCUUGAUCUACAACAGGUGGAUAUGGAAAGAGUUGUCUCCCCUUUUCAGCCUUCAGAUCAAGAAGGACUUUGUAUCCCUUCUGAAGUCAGGAGCAAUUUUGUGGCUCAACGGUUGUCACCUACGAUAAUUGAAUCACACUCCUACAACCUUGAGCUCAAAGCUCUAAGAAGUGACUUGUCACUUUUGUCCGACUCUAUUACUGCCGUAGAGUCGGACCUUGCAAAGCUUUCUGUGCGCAGGGAGUUUUUAGGAGUGGAUUCUUGGGGUGGCCUGUACUGGGCUUCAGCCAUGCCGGGUGAAGUAUCGCAAGUUGUUGUUGAUAGAAGCAUGGCAGAAGGCAGAGACCCAGUAUGGAGGAAAUCCAUCUUCCAGAACUUUGCUGCAUCAUUUGAACCAAACAAAGCUGUUGCCUCAAGUUCACAUUGGAGUUCAUAUGAAACUGAUGCAGAAAUUGAUGAACUGAUAGGUUGGUUAAAGCCUCAUGAUCCGAAGGAAAAGGAGUUGAGAGAAUCAAUAUUGCACUGGCAGAAGUCUAGGUUCCAUAAAUAUCAGCAAACUGGAAGUCAAGUUCAGGAUGAUCUCCCUAGUGCUUCGUCAGUGGCUUGUAAUGGUGAAAGAGCUACAAUAUCUAACCAUCUUGUUACUAGGGCAGCCAUGUUUCUGGAGAAGUUAUAUGGUCCUUGCUUUGAGUUGGAAGCUGCUGAUAUCUCCAAAAAGCAGGGGAAACAAGCUAGACUAACUAAUGAUGAGAAAAUGUACAGGUGUGAUUGUUUGGAGCCAAUUUGGCAAUCUAGACAUCACUGCUUCUCUUGUCACAGAACCUAUUUGACUGAUUUUGAACUGGAGGGGCAUAAUGAUGGUAGGUGCACCUCAGGUGCUGCAGCCGGUGAUAAGGGAAAGGAAGUACUUGGUUCUACUAUGGUUAAGGGAAGUCUGAAUUGUGUGAUAAGUCGGGAAGAGAGCAAAGGGCAGCUGAAUUGCCCAUAUGAUCUGGAAAAUAUCUGUGCCAAGUUUGCGACAAAAGACUCUAAUAAGGAUUUGAUACGGGAUAUAGGUCUUAUAGGUUCCAAUGGAAUUCCAUCUUUUGUUCCAUCCUUAUCUCCUUACCUCAGUGAUUCUGCAGUUGCAUUGAUUACUCCUCAGGAAGAUGUAUGUGAACUUGGAAAUGAAAAGGCUGCUGAACCCCCAAAUUCAGUAGGAAAUGCUGGUGCCAACACUGCAGGGCGUAACAGUCAUUUUGGGUCAGCUGAUGGGGUAGAAGUGCCAGAGGCCAACUUCAGAUGUCUGGAACGAAGAAAUAUGAGACCCUCGGGUAGUCAUUCAAUUGUGGGGGCUGGUCACUUCUAUGUUGUCCCCCAGUCCUCUUUGCGGCCUUUAGUUGGAAAAGUUACGCAGAUCUUGAGACAUUUGAAGAAUAAUCUACUUGACAUGGAAGCUGCACUACCUGAAGAAGCUUUAAGACCAUCAAAGAUGCACUUGGAAAGGAGAUGGGCAUGGCGUGGGUUUGUUAAGUCCGCGUCCACAAUAUACGAGAUGGUUCAAGCAACAAUUGUGCUGGAGGACAUGAUUAAGACCGAGUACCUAAGGAAUGAGUGGUGGUAUUGGUCAUCGUACGCAGCUGCCGCCCAAACUUCUACUAUGUCAUCCCUUUCCCUGCGUAUUUACUCCCUCGAUGCUGCUAUCCUGUAUGAGAAAUUGCUUCCGAAUUCCAACAUAACUGAUGAAUUGGAGCCUAGCAGCGUACAAGACCAGAGUAUGCAGCCUGUUGUGGAUUCAACAGAGAAGUUAAAGAUAAGUAGGAAAGUCAACAAGAAAAGGAAAGAUCCAGAGGGUUGAUGGUGGGAAAUAUGAUUCUAGAUUUGUGCUAUGGAUCCCAACCUGGAUGGGUCGUACCCAGCAGGCAUGAAGCAGCAGUGUGCAUAUCAGGUAACAGUGGAUUCUGAUCACUGAAUCACAUUCUGAGGUUGUGUUGGAUCAGAGUGGACCAUGACAACUAUUUUUGAAGAAUGAAAGUGGUCCCUGCUACUGAAUGCUGCUGCCGAACCAUUUAUUUGUACAUAAAGGUAAAGCUGACAUGCUAACUUGGAUGCGGAUAUGCGGAUGAUGAGAAGCAGUGUUUAUGUGGUAUCUGCUUCAGUGAAUUCGGGCACCGGGACAAACUUGAUAACAUAAGCAGAUGAGCCCAAUUUUGGAAUGAUUUCUGCUGCGGCCUAGAAGUGGGAGAUGACAUUCUUUAUAAGAAAGAGAAAAAAAAUAUCAUAUAUAGUUACAGAGGGAACUAAUAUUAACGAGAAAUUGGCAAAUUACUGAAGCUGAGCAGGUUUAGUCAAUAUCUCAUUCUUUGGAUACAUCUCUCUUUUCAGUCUCUCUCUCUCUC